AUGCAUAAAGACGAAAAAGAACAAGAAAAUAAGGCCAACUGCCAACGCAACUCCCUUCGACAUCUCGUCACGAUAAACGCUAUCAAAUUUGGCACCGUAAGUGGAACUAAAGCUGGAAAUCGUGACGAAGACGAUUUCCUGAAAAGUAAAUAA